AUGACAAUUGCAGAUACUAAAACCCAUCUUCCAUGGGAUUGUCUCUUUCAGCUUGAGAAUGCAUUUCUCGACCACCCUUCUUUCCCAGAAAACCUUGCGGUAGACGCGUCAUUUUCGAAUACUGUCCUUGCAAAAGGGAUAUCUACAUGGAGAACCGCGCAGGAAGCCUCUGAUUUACCGUCCUUUGAGCAAGAAUUCUUUAUACCGGUUGCGUCAGAUUGUCCCACGAUUCUUGCUAUCGCAGACCCGCAACAUGAGGGCGAUAACCAUAUUACUUUGCUUAUACUUGCCUGGACCUAUAUACUUUCUGCACGAUGGGCUGAGAUUAUUCCCGGGGCAUCUGGCCCUGAAUACAGCGAUUGCGAGGCCGAAUGGGAUGACAAAAACAUCCCAUUUGAAAGGGCCCCGACUGGUUCCACUACAGCGAUUAUAGAUCUAGGUGAUAUUGAUGAUGACGCCGCUCGGUGGUGGGCAGCGGUCCUCGCACUGGAAGGGGGUUGGAAUGCAUAUAUUUCAAGUGAAAAAGGUCAUGUCCUCCACUCACCCUGGUAUACGAAGCUUGUAUCAGAACAACGCUUUACUCUUUCACGCGGCACGAAAUCUCGCCCCCUUCUAGCUCAACAUCGUGCGGCAUCAUUUGCCACCGCCUUGCGCUAUCUUUCUAGCUACUGCGAAUUCCACGAAGUAGCUGAGCAGAGCCAUGCUGCUUUGGCUGCGACAUUACUUCUCCCUGUGGCCAGAUUCGACAACAGAACGGUUCAAUUACCGACCCCUCGAGUCCGCCGUAAAGCACGAUUCAACAAGGAGAGAUUCAACAAGGAGACGGUCUGCAAGACCCUGGAAUGGAGCGAGAACCUCAACCAACUGGACGGGCUCCUCACUCUAAGUUGCAAUGCAGUAGGAACCAAAGCGCUCUUAAACAGCGUCUUCUUUGAACCUGAAGUGGCAUGUAAUAUCUGCGGGGCAUGGUUGCAAGGGACCUUUGCAUUUCUCGACUCAGAUAUCGUGCAGGACCAGCAUAUCCUGCUACGUGUCUUGAUGAAGCGGGAUCCUAGCCUGGGAUUUCUCUGGCUUGGUGCCUUUGUUAUCGGAGCACAGACACGUUCCUUGCAAGAAGCUCGUCAGGCUUGGUGGAAAAUUGACCUUCAUGUGGCAGCAUGGACCGGAACGCUUAUGUCUUUUAUACAAGAGCCUGUGUCAACACUGGCCCCUGAGACAGAAGAAAUCUCGCGUGCUGACGAAUGUCGACUGCUGUACUUGUCCCACGAUCAAUACUACACUGGUCCCCCGCUCUUUCCAUUCGCUCCAUUCGGUUCUACAGCGAUAAUAGACACUAAUAUCGACGUUCGUCAACAUACACAAUGUGAGACAAGUCACGGCCUCGAAUAUAAAGGUUUAACCUGGCGCUGUCGUGCUGGCCAGCGCGUAGCUACUACUAUUGCUAGAAUUCCCUUACGCGCUAAGAAUGGGCAGCCAACAGACGGCAAUAUCUCCGUCACUUAUGAUAAUAUCGAUAAUGAGGAUGAUGACUGUUCAGAAAUGGUAACUAGGAACAUUUUCACUUGGCUGCGCGAUGAGGACGGCUUCUCUGUUGCAGAGAGGGCUAUUCGUGAACACGAGUGGAUAGACAAUUUUGACUCGGACGAUGACAGCCCGAUUACAGGCGAUGCCCAAUCUACAGUAGGAGGCAAUCUGCAUGGAUGGCUGUUGAAGACAAUAACUAGACGGUCCAAUUCUCUCUAA